AUGACGGUCUUUAUUGCCUCCCUCUUCCUUCCAAAAACCAUCCACUUCAACCUCCCUGGCACCCCCUCAAAAAAUGCCAAGCUACUGCCGGAAAACCCGGCCCCCAAGAAGCCCAGACCCGCAGCUCCUCGAGCACAGCCGACCUUGUUCCCCGUUCCACAGUCCGACAUCACACCACCCGAGACCCCGAUCGAAGACGAGCCUGCGGAUGGCAUCUUUACCAACGAGGACGGACUGCGUAUCCACUACCCUCCCAAGGACGACCAAGCUUCGAGUGAAAGCAAGUCCAACUCAGGACCGGGAUACCCAGGACCAGGAUACCAGGGCUCUCCUGUUUGGGGCAGGAGGAGUGACCAGCCUGUCUCUCGUGCUAACACCCCUCCUCCGUCGUCACUCCUCGAGCAUAACAAGCAAUUAAAGGCCAAGGCGCAGGAGCUUGGCCGCCAGGGCAUCGUUCAGCCCCGAGCCCUCCAGCGAAGCGACAGCCACGACCGGGUCUUUGCCCACGCUGAAUGGAAGGUAGUUCACGCCGACCAAGGCAAUGGUGGGCUGCGACACGCUGCAGAGGCUGCCGCCCGCGAGGGUAAGCUCUCCGACGUCACCUGGGUUGGAACCCUCGGCAUGCCUACAGAUGCCCUCGAGGGCACCCAGCAGAAGCAGGAUAUCGAGGACCGACUUGCAACAGAAUACGACUCGCUCACCGUCUUCUGCUGCGACAAGGAUCUCGAUGGCCACUACUCGCACUUCUGCAAACAAAUUCUCUGGCCCGUCUUCCACUACCAGCUCCCAGACAACCCCAAGAGCAAGGCCUACGAGGAUCACUCGUAUAAGCACUAUGUCAACGUCAACCGAGCUUUCGCCGAUAAGAUCAUCAAGAAUUGGAAGAGGGGUGAUGUGAUCUGGGUCCACGACUACCACUUGCUGCUUGUGCCGGGGAUGGUUCGUGAGAAGCUGCCCGAGGCCAAGAUCGGCUUCUUCCUGCAUGUUGCUUUCCCUUCGUCCGAGGUCUUCCGAUGCUUGGCGGUCCGGAAGGAGCUCCUCGAGGGCAUGUUGGGGGCCAACCUGAUCGGUUUCCAAAUCCACGAGUACACGAGACAUUUCCUUCAGACUUGCAGCCGUCUGCUCAACGCAGAGGCAACGCCUGAUGGGUUACACCUCGAGGACCGUUUUGUCGAUGUCAUCAACCUCCCAAUUGGCAUUGACCCCGUGAGCUUGAGUGCCCACCGGGAAGAACCCGCAGUCAAGAGGUGGCUUGACGUGCUGCGCGAGCGCUACGCUGGCAAGAAGCUGAUCGUUGCGCGAGACAAGCUGGAUCACGUCCGAGGUGUCCGCCAGAAGCUACUUGCGUACGAGCUUUUCCUCAACACCAACCCUGAGUGGCGAGGAAAUGUUAUCCUGAUCCAAGUGGCCCUAUCAUCAAGCGAGAAGUCGGAACUCGACGCGACAGUGAGUGAUAUUGUCACUCGUAUCAACUCGUCCUACGCCAACCUCGCAUACCAGCCGGUCGUGUACCUGAAGCAAGAUAUCGACUACGCUCAAUACCUGGCUCUGCUCUCUAUUGCUGACGCGUUGAUGAUAACAAGUCAGCGUGAAGGCAUGAACCUCACAUCGCAUGAAUAUCUUUACUGCCAGGAUGGCAAGCACAUCGGCGAGAAAAAGCACGGAUCUUUGAUUCUCUCCGAGUUCACGGGCACUGCUUCGUUGUUCGGCGGAAAUGAACUGUCUGUAAACCCCUGGGACUACCGAGCGUGCUCUACUGCCAUCAGAAAAGCCCUAGACAUGGGCAAUGCCGAGAAGGAACAUCGCUGGAACAAGUUGCACGAGUGCAUCAUGGAGCACACUGGGGCACACUGGUUCACUGAGUUGAUGACACGGCUGGACCAUGCCCAUAACGAGCAGCAUCGCCACAACCAGACAUCUGUUCCACGUCUGAACGUAAAUAACCUCGUUCAGCGUUACCAGAGCAGUCAACGUCGCCUGUUCAUUUUGGACUACGAGAAUACUCUCGUCAACUGGGGACCUGUGAACCAAAUCAUUCCAUCUAGCCCUCAGCGCACUUUGGAUACCCUUAAUGAAUUGCUCUUGGACGAGCGCAACAUAGUUUAUGUAAUGUCUGGUCGACGGCCCGAGGAGCUGGAUCGACUAUUUCGACGCGUCCCUAAUUUGGGCCUGAUCGCGGAGAACGGCUGCUUCCUCAAGGACUGCGGCAGCGACGCCUGGACCGAGAUGGCGGAUCCUAAGCACAUCCGCGCGUGGAAGGAGUCUGUUAAGGGAAUACUCAACUACUACCUGGAGCGUACUCCCGGCGCCGAGAUCGAGGAGCGCCGCUGCAGCCUUAUCUUCCACUACAAGGGCGCGGAGAACUGGGAGCACGCCGUCAGCCAAGCGAGCGACUGUGCUUCCCACAUCAACGACGCCUGCGAGAACCAGCGAGUCCAUGCCAUUCCCACUGACGGCUCGGUAAUAGUGGAGCCGGUGGAUUGGACCAAGAGCACCGCCGCGGACAAGAUUCUUGAAGACUUGAAGACCCGUCUGCCUGCAGACGAGACGCACAAAAGUUCUGUGGAUUUCCUCAUGGUGGUCGGUGAUGGACGUGAUGACGAGAAGGUUUUCAGAUGGGCCAACACUCUUGGAGAAGAUAAGGUGGUCAAGGACGUGGUUACGGUGAGCCUUGGCAACCGGAACACGGAGGCAACAGCCACUUUGACACAGGGCGUGUCUGGGGUCUUGGUGGUACUCAACCGGCUGGCCUCCAACACCAAUGAGUGA